UCUACUCAGCUAUUAGAUCAGAAACCAGCCCAACGUAGCAUUACGUUAGCCUUCGCGCGCUCGCCGAUUCAACCACAGAAUAGCUUGACCCUUGAACGUCCUUCUUCACCUUUAACAUCACUAGCUUCUUCUGUUUCACCCGUCACAUUUACCAAAGAUUUAUCCUCUAUCGCUCUUCCUGAAAAUAGCAAUCAGCAAUACCACGAUGACGGUUUGUCUGAUUUAAACUCAGUAGCACCUGCUUUAUCCGAUACCACAGUCUCAACGGCCAUCAUCAUCACCAACACUACUAGCGAUUCAAUUCUCCCUGGAACCACUGAAACAGUCAAUGUUGAUUUAUUACCACCCUACUCUAACUCAGAGACUGGCUCAAGUUCGUUGAUUCCCAUUCUAGGGGGAUGUGUGGAUGAAAAAUCAUCCUCGGAUCAGCCUCAACACACUACUUCACAGCCUCAAGAGUUAGUCGCAGAUUCCUCUAUUCCUGAGCACGUAAGCUUUAUUUGA